GAAGUGAGGUGCGACUGGUGCGAGUAAGGUUAGAAUGGUUACAUUUUUGACUUUUUGAAGCAGUUAAAAAUUGAAAAUUGAAUAUUAGCUGUAAGAAAUGUCUGAAAAUUCUACAGUUCGCCUGCCACAGAAGCGAUUUUAUAGGCAACGAGCACAUUCCAACCCGAUAGCGGAUCAUUGUUUUGAUUAUCCUCAUGCUCCAGAACUCAUGGACUGGAGUCCUUUUUAUCCAGAAAAAUUUGUAGACAAUGGGAAUAAUCCCCCUGAAAUAGAAUUUGCAGAUAUUGGCUGUGGUUAUGGUGGGUUACUCAUUACUUUAUCUCCCAUGUUUCCACAGACAUUGAUGUUAGGAAUGGAAAUAAGAGUCAAAGUUUCUGACUAUGUUAUGGACCGAAUUACUGCAUUGAGGUCUCAACAUCCUACAGAGUAUCAGAAUGUAGCUUGUCUGAGGUCAAAUGCUAUGAAGUAUUUGCCGAACUUUUUUAAAAAAGGGCAGUUAAAGAAAAUGUUCUUCCUAUAUCCAGAUCCACACUUCAAGAAAGCAAAACAUAAAUGGAGAAUAAUUAAUCAAAAUCUCUUAGCUGAAUAUGCUUAUGUGUUAGCAGAAGGUGGUAUUGUCUAUACAGUAACAGAUGUUAAAGAUUUGCAUGAAUGGAUGUGUCAUCAUUUUACAAUGCAUCCUUUGUUUGAACAAAUUUUAGAAGAAGACUUGAAGGAUGAUCCAAUUAUAGAAAAGUUGUAUAGCAGCACUGAAGAAGGUCAGAAAGUAACCAGAAAUAAUGGUGACAAAUUUCUAGCUGUAUUCAGGAGGAUACAGGAUGCAUUUUGUACAAAUUAAUAUAUUUUAAAAUAAAAAUCUAUAAAAUUU